ACAAAUAUAUGCUGUGGUAAAGUUUAUCGGGGCUGUAGAAGUUGGACAGACACAUAUUAACCGGCGCAUGCGCAAUAACGCCACCAUCCAGGUCUAAAUAAGAGUUAAGAGAGAAACGAGGAAAAGAUGGCAGAGACAUCUACGAGUGGUGGUCCUGCUGCCACUGGAGCCGAUUUUGACAUGAUGAGCGCUCUUGACUGGAAGGACGGCAUAGCUACAUUGCCUGGAAGUGACAUUCGGUUUCGGAUGACAGAAUUUGGCACCCUGGAGAUUGUUACAGAGGCGGAGCCCAAAGUUAAAGAGGCGGAGCUUACAGGCCUACAGCCUCAAACUACAAGCACCAACAACAGUAAUUCCCCUGAGCAAAACAAAACUUCAAAUCAGACUGUAAAGCCCCAGUUGAAUACAGACCAGCAGACAAAUACUGUGGUUUCCACUGACCCCCACAGGCAGGCCGGGGGCAUCAACACUAGGAGCCCCAGCUCUGUGGAAAGCCCCAGCAUGAGUACAGUGCCCAAUGUGAUUGUUCCCAUCACUGAGGCCACUGCAAACUGCAGGUCCUGUGGUCACUCUGGUUCACAGGAGUCUUUCCUACAGGGCAAAUUUUGCAGUGCUCCUUGUGUGCAGCCUACCAGUGGCAGUUCAACCCCAGCUGAGGCAUUCGAAGGAGAGCGUUUAGGUAAACGUGUGAGAAAGAAGAAGAAGAUGUUUAUGGAAUCUGGAGAUGAAGAGGAGGACAACAUAGAGGAGGAAGAGGAGAAGGUUAAAUCCUCGAAGGGAAGACGAGCGGCUAAAGUUGCUAGACUAGUGACAGCACCUCCUGUUAAGAAGAAAACCUGGAGUUGGUCAGCUUAUCUGGAGGAGGAGAGAGCCAUUGCCGCUCCUUUGAAACUUUUUAAGGAGCACCAGUCUGUUCCGCAGAGUAGGAAUGGAUUUAAAGUUGGCAUGAAGUUAGAGGGACUGGACCCCUGUCACCCUGCUCUCUUCUGUGUUUUGACUGUUGCAGAGGUGCAAGGUUACAGGAUUCGGCUUCACUUUGAUGGUUACCCUGAGUGCUAUGACUUCUGGGUAAAUGCUGACUCAUGGGAUGUGAAGCCGCCAGGCUGGUGUGAGAAAACCGGCCUCAAGCUAUUGCUUCCAAAAGGUUGCAGAGAUGGAGAGUUUAACUGGAACACAUAUGUAAAGAACUGUAGGGGUCAACUGGCCCCCAAACAUCUCUUCAAGAGUCUUAAUACAUCAGUCACACCGUCAGGAUUCCGUGCUGGGAUGAAGCUGGAGGCCGUGGACAGGAAGAACCCGUCACUCAUCUGCGUAGCAACCAUUGCUGCUGCUGUCGACAACCGGCUCCUCAUUCACUUUGACAACUGGGACGAUACGUAUGAUUAUUGGUGUGAUGCCAGCAGUCCGUACAUUCAUCCAGUCGGGUACUGUGAGGAGGUGGAGUUAACACUCACCACACCUGCAGAGUAUAAGCACCCAAAGAGUUUUUCUUGGGAAAAGUACCUAGAAGAAACUGGAACCCAAGCUGCACCAGCUAGAGCCUUUAAACAGAGACCACCACAUGGCUUCCAAGUUGGAAUGAAGCUAGAGGCAGUGGACAAACGUAAUGCCGUACUCAUCCGUGUCUCCACCAUCUCUGAUACAGAAGACCACAGAAUCAAGAUCCAUUUUGAUGGCUGGAGUGACGAGUAUGAUUAUUGGCUAGAUGCCGAUAGCCCAGAACUGCACCCAGUAGGCUGGUGUCAGAAAACAGGUCAUCCUCUACAACACCCCAACGGUCCCAGAGAUUCUCCAGUCCCUCCAGGACAAGGCUGCCCAACCCAAGGAUGCAACGGAGUCGGACACAUUCGAGGACCUCGGUAUGGGACACAUUACACGGCGGUGAGUUGUCCAUACUCAGAUCUGAAUUUGAAUAAAGACGGGUUGGUUCCAGACAGACUGAGUGGGGAGAGGCCAGUCACGCUCAGUGGACCCCCGCGCCACCGCCGUGCUGAAACGCUCACUCAGACGCAGCCUCCCACACCCACACCCAGCGCCAGCACCCCAGACCCCCCUGACACCACCACAGACACCUGUCCACAAGCUCGGGCAGUGCGUGAGCACAUUGUGUCUGGCAGUGCUCCUAAAUGUGUCAAGCCACCCCAAGUGAAGCAGGAAGGUGAUGGGAAAGAUUCUCUUCAGCAGUUCCUGCAUGAGUCUGUGUUUUGUGGAUGGGAGCCACCGAGGUUUCAGCUGUGUUGGGAAAAGCAUGGCAAACUGCUGCCUGAAGCUUUGGGCCUCACCGCCAAGAGAGUGGCAAAGUGGAACACUGAAGAGGUUUCAAGUUUUGUACGAGGCCUGCCUGGCUGCAGAGAGCAUGCUGCCACCUUCAGGAAGGAGCAAAUUGAUGGUGAGGCCUUCCUGCUCCUUACUCAGUCAGACAUUGUAAAGAUUCUAAGCAUCAAGCUCGGCCCCGCUCUCAAAAUUUAUAACUCUAUCCUCAUGCUGAGGAGCGCAGAUGAAGAGUAGACACCUCAUAGCAACUGCUGCUCCUUCAAACAACAUGUUUGAAAGUUGCUCUUGUCUCCACCGAUGUGUCCAGCGGACUGACAAAUGCUCAAUCAUUGGUCUCAUUUAUGAUUGACGGACAUUGAAAAUCAGCCGAUCCAACGAACUGUAUGUGAUCAGAAAAAUCA